CGCCUCCGCAACAUCGCUCCUCUAGCCCCAAAAGCGAUUUGUUCUCUCUGACCGCUAGGAUGGUGAGAAAACUCAAACACCAUGAGCAGAAGCUCUUGAAGAAAGUCGAUCUUUACACCUGGAAAUCAGACAACGACCACCGCGACGCAGCCAUCGUCCGGCGCUAUGCGAUCCAAAAGCCAGACGACUACAACAAGUACAGUCGGUUAUGCGGCUCGUUGAGGCAGCUCGCGCACCGCCUCGCGGCUCUCGACCCCUCCGACGCGUUCCGCCGAAAACACGAAGACCUCUUGCUCGAGAAGCUCUUUUCGAUGGGCAUACUGGGAACUGGCGGCGGUGGAAGGGGCAAGCUGUCUGACGUAGAACAUAAGGUUACCGUAUCUGCGUUCUGCAGACGGAGAUUGCCAGUCGUCAUGACGAAGCUACGUAUGGCCGAUCAUGUCCAGGCGGCGGUUAAAUUCGUCGAACAAGGGCAUGUGAGGGUUGGAACGGAUGUUAUUACCGAUCCAGCAUACUUGGUGACGCGGUCGAUGGAGGACUACGUUACCUGGGUCGACUCCUCGAAGAUUAAGAGGAACAUCAUGAAAUACCGCGACAAGCUCGACGAUUUCGAACUGGACAUGAUCUAGAAGAGGAGGUACAAUUUUGCAUCGGCUGGCGUUCAUAGGAGGCAUUUCAUGGCGUUGGGAUUGCAACUCUGCCCGACGAUAUCCGACAUAGAGCAACAUAUCACACAUCUUUCGGCGG